CACUGAAUGAAUCGUAAGCAUACUAGAAGCUUUACAUAUGAUACGUCACCAACGAAUUUGUACAUAGCUCUUGUGUUACAUAUUUUUCUACUUCAAUUAUCCAUUCUUAGGCGACAAUUAUUUUCAUGCUUUGCACUCUUUCAAACCGAGUGACUUAAGAAGCUUCCUCUUCAAAUAUGGGAUCUUCUCAUAGUAUUGAAAUACCAGGAGGUGGCACUGAAGGUUACCAUGUAUUGAGAGUACAAGAAGGUUCUCCUGGUCAGAAAGCUGGAUUGGAAGCAUUUUUUGACUUUAUUGUAGCUAUUGGAAACACACGCUUGGAUCAAGAUAAUGAUACAUUAAAGGAACUUCUUAAAAAUGGUGUAGAUAAAAAACUAACGCUUACGAUAUAUAGCAGUAAAACACAAUCUGUAAGGCAAACUGUCAUAGUACCUAGUCUUACAUGGGGUGGGCAGGGUCUUCUUGGUGUUAGUGUAAGAUUUUGUUCUUUUGAAGGUUCUAAUGAAAAUGUUUGGCAUGUUCUUGAAGUUCAUCCAUCUUCUCCUGCGGAAUUAGCAGGUUUACGUCCAUUCACAGAUUAUAUUAUUGGUGCUGACUCGGUUUUACAUGAAUCCGAGGAUUUAUUUACUUUAAUAGAAGCACAUGAAUCACGACCUUUAAAAUUAUAUGUAUAUAAUACAGAAGAUGAUUCUUGCAGAGAAGUUACAAUUACACCCAAUCAUACCUGGGGUGGGGAAGGAAGUUUGGGUUGUGGAAUUGGGUAUGGAUAUUUACAUAGAAUACCCAUUAGAAACAUUCAAGAGCAUAAAUCAAAUAAUUUAUACACGUCUAACGUUAAAGUCACGGUUUCAAAUCCAGUCACGUCAAACAUUAGUCACAUGGAAGGAAGUAAUGUAGUUACAAACAUACCGCCAGGUUUUUCUAUUCCACCAAAUUACAUUUCGUCGCAAGAAAAUGUUGCGACAAAAUCUGAACUUGAAACUACGUCUACUACAAUGUACACACCAAAUGCACAAGCCUAUACUAUGUCUCAGUUAAAUCCUGCUACUAUCGGAGGAUCUACAACUACUAAUUCUGUGUCUCAUGUGGUAUCUAAUCAAUCUGUUACAAGUACAACAUGCAGUAAUGAUUCCAUCAUGUCAUCGAUGUCGUAUCAAAAUACAAUGCCAAAUAUACCUGGUAUGCCAACUACCCCGCCUUUGCCAACUUUUACUACUAAUACGACACUUAUGAAUGAAACAGUUGGUAUUGUCAAUACACUGAAAGAUUUCUCAACUGUACAAAGUGGCAUAUCAUCAUCAGUACAGUUUAAUGUGCCUCAAUCUCACGUAGUAACGACCCCUAUAUCGUUGCCCGGGAUGCCGCCUAUUACCGUUAGUGCAAGUCUACCACAAAAUACGACUUUCUAUUCAUCUGUUCUUCAACAAAAUGAACUAACUGAUGUUAGUACCACAUCCACAGUACCGCCAACAGCAUUACAGUAACGAUUAUGUUAUUUCUGAAUGAAAAUAUCUGUUUUAUAAUAAAGUACGUAUAUAAUGAAGAAUAAAGGUAAAUAAAGAGCGCAACGUAUCUAUUAUGAA